UAAAAUUUGUCAUUGUCAAAUUAAUUGAAUAAAAUUCUAUUCGUUGUCUAAUUUAUUUUAUGAAUUUUAUCUGAAAGAAUUCCAUUCAAAAUCAGUCGAAUCAGUUUCAUGAUCCUGAUACGGCAGGUGGAUUCUAUUUUGCAUAGCUAUUCGAAUCGAAAUAGAUGACCCACGUGCCCAAAAAAUUAUUGAUAUAACACGCGCUUGUUUUCAAUUCGAUUGUAAACAAACAAUCCGUUUCAGGAACAAUGUCACGAAUAUUCAUUGAAAAUUUGCCUAAAAAUAUUACCCAAGAGGUAUUGCAACAAAAAUUUGCCGAAAAAGGUGAAAUAACCGAUAUUCAACUACGGCAAGAUAAAAGAAAUGCAUUCAUUGGUUACAAACAAUCAGAACAGGCACAGAAUGCAGUGGAUUAUUUCAAUCGAACAUUUAUUCAUACUUCUAAAAUAACAGUGAAAAUUGUUGAUAAUUAUCGUUUGAAUAAAAAAGUAGAAAAAUUGCCAACAAUUAGUGAUGAAAAAUCAUUUGACGAUGAAACAAAGAAAAAGAAACGAAAAAAAAUCGAUCCAUUCGAAGAAGUUCGAAAUGAUCCUGAAUUUGAAGAUUUUCUUCGUCUACAACGAAACAUUGAUACGAAUAACAAAAGUAAAGAAAUCUGGAAAGAUGAUGUUAUCGCUAAUGUUCACGGUGAUGAUGAUGAUGAUGACGAUGAUGUCGGUCAAGACGAAAUUGACGAAGAUAAUCACGAUAAAACGGUUGAAAAACGUAUAAAAAAGACAUUCGAUUUUACUGUGAAAAUUCGUGGCCUACCAUACAAGAUAAAAAAAUCACAAUUAAAAGAAUUUCUUAAACCAAUCAAACCGAUGAGCAUGAGAUUUGUACCACAUGUAAAAGGAAUUGCAUAUGUAUCAUUUAAAAAUGCUUUAGAUCUACAACAAGCUAUGAUUAAACAUCGUGGUUUCAUCGAUGGUCAUCGAAUUGAGAUAACUAAAAUGGAGAAACAAAAACAAAACAAAGCCGAUAAUAUAAUGGAAGAAAAUGGUAAAAAAUUUGACAAACAAAAUAAUGACGAACAACAAGAAAAAGAACAGCCCGAACCUAUAAGUGAAUCUGGUAGAAUUUUUAUUCGAAAUCUAUCCUAUACAUGUAUGGAAGAUGAUCUACGACAAUUGUUUGAAAAAUUCGGCACAAUUACCGAACUUCAUAUGCCUAUUGAUUCGUAUACAAAAAAACCAAAAGGUUUUGCUUUUGUAACAUACAUGUUUCCUGAACAUGCCAUACUAGCAUUUAAUCAAUUGGAUAAAACCGAUUUUCAAGGUCGUCUUAUACAUUUAUUACCUGCACAUAUGAAAAAUGAAUCCACUUAUAAUGGUCCACCACCACCAUCGGAUGAUGAAAUGAAUGAUGAUAAUGAUGAACAACAACGAAAAAAAUCUUCAACAUUUAAACAAGCCAAAAAUGAAGAAAAUCGUCAAGAUGCACAGAAUAAAACACGUUGGAAUACAUUAUUUGUACGUCCGAAUGCUGUGGCUGAUAUAAUGAGUAAAAAUUUGAAUAUGAAUAAAUUGGAUUUGCUAACAAAAUCGGAUCGUAAAUCCGGUAAUGCAGCAGUACGUAUGGCAUUGGGUGAAGCACAAAUUGUGAAUGAAAUUAAACAAUUUUUGUUAAAAAAUCAAGUCCAUCUUGAAUCAUUUGAACGUGGUGUUGAUUGUCCUCGUAGUCGUACAACAAUUUUGGUAAAAAAUUUACCAUCCGAAACUCAAGAACAAGAGAUCAAGACAUUAUUUGAAAAAUACGGCUUAAUUAAUCGAGUUAUAUUACCACCAUACGGAUUGACAGCUAUUGUCGAAAUGCAAGAAUCGAAUGAAGCUAAAUUUGCAUUCAAAAAAUUAGCCUACAGUAAUUUUAAUCAUUAUCCAUUAUAUUUAGAAUGGGCACCUGAAGAUAUAUUUUCUGGUUCAUCAGCUAAAUCAUCUGAUAAAUCAAUAGAUGUGGUGGAUGAAAAACCCGAAGAGAUUAUUAUCGAAGAUGGUUCAACAAUAUUUGUUAAAAAUCUUAAUUUCGAUACUACUGAAGAAGAUUUUCGCCAAUAUUUUGAAGAUAAAAUUGGUCCUGUUCAUACGGCCACUAUUGCAACGAAAAAAACAGCCAAAGGAAUUUUAUCCAUGGGUUAUGGUUUCAUUCAAUUUUAUAAAUCCAAAAUGGCAAAAGAAGCAAUUAAAAAAUUACAGAAUUCAACAUUGGAUGGUCAUCCAAUCGAGAUUAAAUUAUCAAAUCGAACUACAACGUCGAAAACGAAUCAAACGGCGAUGGUAAAAAGCUUUUCUGGUAAAAAUCGUUCUGGACAAAAACAAACUGGAUCCAAAAUUUGUGUCAAAAACAUUCCAUUCGAAGCUACCGUUGAAGAUGUUCGAAAAAUUUUCAGUUCAUUUGGUCAGAUUAAAUCGGUACGAAUACCAAAAAAAUUGGCUGGUUCAUCACAAUAUCGUGGUUUUGGUUUUGUUGAUUUUGUCACAAAAGAAGAUGCUAAGCGAGCAUUCGAUGCUCUUUCAGCAAGUACUCAUCUUUAUGGUCGACCAUUGGUACUAGAAUGGGCUAAAAAUGAUACAAUAAUGAAUAUUGACAAUAAUAACGAUGAUGAUGAUGAUGAUGAUAAUAAUUACCGUGACGAAGGUAGACAAAUAGGUGCCAAAAUGGCCCGAUAUUUUCAACAAAAUUCAAAUGAUACAAAAAAAUCCACAUCAUUAACGACGACGAAACGUUUACGACGAAAUGAUUUAUUAGAUGAUUUAAAACGUCAUCAUCAAUACGAUCAUGAUUCAACUGAACAAGAUAACGAAUAAGAUGACAACAUAUUGAUGAUUCAAAAUGCUACUGCUGCUAUUGGAGAAAAAUUUGAAGCCAAAAAAAAAAAAAAAAAUAAAAUAAAAUAAAGAUCACUGACAGCACGAUUUGCAUCCAUGGGAUAAAUUUUGAAACCAUAUAACGAUGAUGAUAAUAUUUUGGCAAAAUAUUGACCUACCUGGAUGAUGAUAUUUUUUUCUGAGAAAAUGAUUUACACUUGGGUCCUUUAAAUGGUGGUGGUGGUGGUUAUCAUCAUUAUCACACACACACACACACAAACACACAUUUAUAAACACUUGUUGGAUUUUUUUUUCUGACAAGCAAUUCAUAUUUGAAAUCACGCAUACACAACACCGACCUAUCAACUUGAAAUGACAAGAUGAACAUCAGAAAUCAUAAUAAUCAUCAUCAUCAUCAUGUUUGAAAAUUUACCGAUUUUUUUUCAUCAUCAUUAGCUAUAUAGCCAAUGAAUCUCAAUAUUCGGAUCUAAUCUUCAGAAACUUUGUGAUUUUUUUUUCUUUUUUCUUUUUGAUUAAUACGUUGUUUUCAUUUAUUUUGCCCAUCUUUAAUGACUAUUCAACCGAAUGACAUUGAUCAUUUUAUUUAAUGAUGAUGAUGAUGAUAAUUGUGUCAUUUUUUGUCAUAUAAUUUUAACAAACAGAAGAUGUAGA